AUGAACGACGAUGAAUUCGAUCAAGUACCUCAAAUUUUAUUUCAAGAUGUUCCAUCUGUCAAGUACAUCCGUUUUGUUGAAGCUCUCAUUCCGGUGACGAACGAUACACGCGCUGUAGUAUGUGGUGCUGACUCUACAAAAGUUGCCAUUGUCGCCGCUCGAGUUGGCAAUGGUCGAUGCUUGAUAUUUGGAAAUAAACGUUAUUCUGAUUUUUUUCUUGCUAACGACCCUCAAGAUCAACGUUUCAUUGAAAAUUGUCGUCGAUGGUUGUCUCAAGAAAAAGAAGCACAAUUUGAAUCGAUUGAUGAUAUAGAGUCGAUGGACAGUGUCAAAGAAAAAGGAACAAUUCUUGUUUGGAAUGGGCAUCACUUUAAAAGCGACACAUUCAUGAACGAUUUGAGUGCAUUUUUAAAAGAAGGUGGAGCUCUGAUUUGUGGAGCAGGUGCCUGGAGUUGGCUAUACUUCAAUAGUGGCAAAUCUCUUUCGGAUUUCAUAACUGGUCGUUUUUGUGAUUCUAUUGGUGUCAAAGUGACCGGUAAUUUGGCUGGUUGUGACGAUCCGAUUCCAUUUAAACCUGAAUUGGUCAAAUAUAAAAAUGUUUAUAAUGUUGUUCAGGCACUGGCGAGCGAACCGAAUAAUGCCGAAUAUUUAGCUAUCGUCGGAUCGGCAAUUAAGGAACUAGGCAAUACGUUGCCUGAUUUAUCGAUUGAAACUCUACAAAAUAUGGUUCUGAAUGCUGGAAGCGAUGUUAUCCCAACAAAAACAUCUCCGAUUAAAAAUAAAUCAUGUCGACAGCGGUCGAUCGGUCUGUGCGGUAUUUUGUGUGGAUUAUCUGAUACAAAAGCUCCUGGUAUAAAUGAAUUUCCGGGUGAUUUUGAUAAUCCACUGUCGAUUGAAACAGAUGUCACGGUCAAUAUUCAGUCCAAGGCAGUCAACGAAUGGUAUUGUACAGGUAUGUUUGAAGAUACUUAA